AGACGCAUCGUCAUCCUUAUCAUCAUCGCCAAGGCUUUCGGGAGCAUCGUCGUGCCUUCACGACAGCUUCAACAACACAACAACCAUGCGCCUAUCAUGGCUGCUGUCACUUCCCGCAUUGCUGUCAGCCGUUUCGGCCAUGGCAAUCGAGAAACGCGAUGCCGAUUUUCUGAGUGUGCGGACGAAACAACACAAGGACAUGAGUGGGAAGGGAGGUGAUCCCAAAGGCAAAUACUUUCAUGAAAGCGUUCCAUCCACAUUAUGAUGGCAGAUUCGCAGACAAACAAUUAGGGUACCGAGAACGAAGACUGGCCCUUUCGAACCUUAUUCAAACAUACCUCUCGACGUUCGCAGAUAUCGGAGUCGAAACAUGGCUCAUGCAUGGCACACUGUUGGGAUGGUGGUGGAAUCGAAAGAUUCUACCAUGGGAUUCCGACUCCGAUGUGCAAGUAUCCGAAUCUUCGAUGCACUACCUAGCCUCGUACUACAACAUGUCCGUGUUCCAUUAUAAGACGCCUCGGAUACCGGAAGGGAGGGACUAUAUGUUGGAAGUCAACCCUCACUACGUCAAUAGGGAGCAGUCGGAUAAAUUGAACGUAAUUGAUGCGAGAUGGGUGGACACUACGAGUGGAUUGUUCAUUGAUAUCACGACGGCUAGGUACAAUUACACACAUCCAGCCGGUCCGGGAAUGUUGAGUUGCAAGGAUGGUCACGAGUAUAGGGUAUGUGAGAAUGGAUAGCAGUGAUUACCUGUGUUGACACGCUGUAGGAUUCGUACAUCUUUCCACUGAGAGAUACAUUCUUCGAAGGCGCCCCAGCCAAGAUUCCCUUUGC